CUGGUUGAUUUUUCUGCCACCGAGGCAAGGCAUUUGCAUUCGAACUUUCUAGGUUUGCUUUCAAAAAGUCUUUUUAGCCCAAAAGAUUAAUAAACUAUUAUGGCAGAAGCAAGUGAAGAUCAGAGAAAGGUGGCUUUGAUAACCGGCAUCACAGGACAGGAUGGCUCUUAUUUGGCUGAAUUUCUUCUAAACAAAGGAUAUCAGGUUCAUGGCAUUGCAAGAAGAUCAAGCUCAUUCAAUACAGGAAGGAUUGAGCAUUUGUAUGAGAACUGUUACACACAUAUGGGAGGAGCCAUGAAGACACACUAUGGAGAUCUUACAGACAGCACCAAUUUAGUCAAAAUUAUAUCAGAGGUGCAGCCUACAGAGAUUUAUAAUCUCGGUGCCAUGAGCCAUGUUAAGGUGUCCUUUGAGCUUGCUGAAUACACAGCUGAUGUAGAUGCAGUUGGCGUAUUACGCCUUCUGGAUGCUAUAAAGACUUGUGGACUUGCUAACAAAGUCAAAUUUUACCAGGCUUCAACUAGUGAGUUGUACGGACUUGUACAAGAAGUACCACAGACAGAGAAGACACCCUUCUAUCCCCGUUCCCCCUAUGGUGCAGCAAAACUCUAUGGGUACUGGAUUGUUGUCAACUACAGGGAGGCAUACAACAUGUUUGCAUGCAAUGGCAUUCUCUUCAACCACGAAAGCCCAAGACGAGGGGAAACCUUUGUAACCCGUAAGAUCACUCGUGCUGUCGCAAAAAUUCAUCUGGGGCUACAGAAGGAAUUGCGGCUUGGCAACCUGGAUUCAAAGCGUGACUGGGGACAUGCUAAAGACUAUGUGGAGGCAAUGUGGAUGAUGCUUCAGCAAGACAAGCCCGAGGAUUUUGUCAUCGCCACAGGCGAGACUCACAGUGUGCGCGAGUUUGUCGAGAAAUCCUUUGCUCAUGUUGGUACAGAGAUUGUAUGGCAAGGCAAAGAUGAAAAAGAGAUUGGGGUUGACAAGGCUACUAAUAAGGUGUUGGUUCGUGUGGAUCCGAAAUACUACAGGCCUGCAGAAGUGGAGCUCCUGUUAGGUUGUGCAAAAAAGGCCGAGGAAAAACUUGGAUGGAAGCCAAAGAUCAAGUUUGAGGCUCUUGUCAAAGAAAUGGUGGAAUCUGAUCUCCAAUUGAUGAAGAAUAAUCCAACUGCUUAGAAAAAGCACCCUACAAUAUGAGAAAAUAAUAUCGUCCACAUAUACAUAAGUUUGUUUAGUACUUCAUAUAUGACCCUAUUAACCCACUAUCUCCCUAAUCCUAAAUGAAGUACUAACCUUGGGGUCAUAUAUGACGUACUGUUGGGACAUGGGGAUAUCGACGAUCUUUAGCAUGCAAAUACUGGCUUAGAAAGGCAGCGUGAACCAAUAACUGGUUGCCUAGGAACUACCGUAAAAGCUCUAGUAAGCCCGCGCUGCCUUUUAUCCCAGGUUCGGCUUGACCUCGCUAUGGGUCCCCAGAAAUGUCCUCAUGUCAUAUAUUUCUUGGGCCAUACAUCCACACACAUUAUUUAAGGUAUUUAAAAUAUCCCGCUGCUCUGAGAGUAUUGUGAUAAAACACCUGUUUGUAAUAUUUAUCUGAUGUGGAAUAAAGCGUUUUAAGAAAGUU